GAGCGAUCCCCGCUCGACAGCGCCUUCAUCGCGCCUGUGAUGCGCAGCGAAGUCAAUCAGGAUUCCCCCCAUGCUGUCUCUGUGAACCAGCGUGAAACCACCAUGCGAACCACAAACACGACUACUGCUGAAGGCAGACAGCUUGACGACAACGGCCACACAGAGCCACAAUCAAAAGACCCAUCAGUGGCAGUGGGAAGCUUACCAGCACGGCACGACUCGGACGAAACACUGCCCGUCGACGACACCCUCAUCGCGCCCAACAAGUCCAAAAAGGAGAGCACCACAGCUUCGCCUACCUCGACAAGUUCGUCUUCCUCCAGCAGCGUCUACUCACACGACCACCCAGCCUAUGCCCCUGUCCGCACGCAAUCUGAAGCACAAACUCCUGCUCCCGUGGGGGCAUCACGCCCAGCCUUUGCCCAGACCACCACAAACGGCAGCACAAAACGCUUUGCCACUGAAGAUGACCUCUUCCGGGCCCUGUCCCGUCGGCGCACAGGCGCCUCCCAAGCGGGCACCAACGACCUCGAGGCCGUCGAGUCCCAGGCCGAAGAGUCGGCCGAGAUUGAGCGGCUCAUGUCCCGCCUGUUCGGCAAGGCCCGGCAGGAGCAAAGCCAAGAGGAGAAGACACGGCACUCGGGCGUCGUGUUCCGCCAUCUCACCGUCAAGGGCGCCGGCGUGGGUGCGAGCCUGCAGCCCACGGUGGGCGACUUCUUUGUCGGCCUGCCCCGGUUUCUGGGCCGGCUGUUCACCAAGGGCGUCAAGGCUGCGACCGGGAAGCCCCCCGUGCGAGAGCUCCUGUCUGACUUUAGCGGGUGUGUGCGGCCGGGCGAGAUGUUGCUUGUCCUUGGCCGCCCCGGGGCGGGAUGCACCACCUUCCUCAAGGCAUUCUGCAACCAGCGCGCCGGGUUCGUCGAGGUGCUCGGAGACGUCACGUAUGGCGGCGCCACGGCCAAGGAGAUGGAGGACAACUUCCGCAGCGAGCUGAGCUACAACCCCGAGGACGACCUGCACUUUGCCACGCUCACCGUCAAGCGCACGCUCGAGUUUGCCCUGCAGACCAAGACCCCCGGCAAGGCGUCCCGGCUCGAGGGCGAGAGCCGCGAGGACUACAUGAACGAGUUCCUGCGCGUGACGGCCAAACUGUUGUGGAUCGAGCACACCAUGGGCACUAAGGUGGGCGACGAGAAUAUCCGUGGUGUUUCGGGUGGGGAGCGCAAGAGAGUCAGCAUCGCCGAGGCCAUGAUUGCCCGAUCGUCCGUCGCGGGAUGGGACAAUUCUAGCAAAGGAUUAGACUCUGCGACGGCUGUUGAGUACGUCCGCGCUCUGCGGACGCUGACGAACAUGGCCAACGUAAGCACGGCGGUGUCCCUGUACCAGGCCGGCGAGAGUCUGUACGAGGCGUUCGACAAAGUGCUCCUGAUCCACCAGGGAAAAUGCAUCUACUACGGAUCUGCCGACCAUGCGAGACAGUAUUUCCUCGACAUGGGGUUCGAGUUUCCCAAGAGAAUGACAACGGCGGAUGCGUUGAUAUCCGUCACCGAUCCGCAUGUCAGAAAGGUUCGCGAGGCCUGGGAAGACAAGAUUCCCCGCUCGGCGGACGACUUUGCCCGUGCGUUCCGUCAGAGUGACGCAUAUCGCCGCAACAUGGAUGAUAUCGAAGACUUUGAGAGCACCCUCGGCAGGCAACAACGCGAGCUGAGCGAGAACCAGCCCAAGAAGAAGAAGGACCGCAAGAAGAACUUUACCAUUCCAUUCCACAAACAGGUUCUGGCGCUAGCUAAGCGGCAGCUGUUCGUGAUGUUGGGUGACAAGGCCAGUCUUGCAGGGAAAUGGGGAGGCAUCAUCUUCCAAUCGCUCAUAGUCGGCUCCCUCUUCUUCCAGCUGCCGGAUACAGUCAACGGAUUGUUUACACGAGGCGGUGUUAUCUUCUUUGUGCUUUUGUUCAACGCCUUGUUGGCGCUGGCGGAGCAGACUGCCGCUUUCGAGGCGAAGCCUAUUUUGCUCAAGCACAAGAACUUUUCGAUGUACCGGCCUUCGGCCUACGCCGUGGCUCAAACACUCGUUGAUAUACCUAUGGUGUUCAUCCAAGUGGUCUUGUUCGACUUAACGAUCUACUUCAUGGCCGGCUUAGGACCCACAGCUUCACAAUUCUUUAUUUCUAUCCUCACCCUCUGGACAGUUACAAUGACAACUUACUCGUUUUUUCGCGCUAUCGCAGCGCUCUUCAAGUCGCUCGACGACGCAACAAAGCUCACUGGAGUGGCCAUACAGAUCCUUAUUGUGUACACAGGAUACCUUUUGCCACCCUCGCAAAUGCCUGUAUGGUUUUCUUGGCUCAGGUUUUUGAAUUGGGUCCAGUACGGUUUCGAGAUGCUCAUGGCCAACGAGUUCUACAACCUCAACGUACAAUGCGUUCCACCACUUCUCGUUCCCGAAGGGCCCGGUGUGAGCCCGGAGUACCAGUCCUGCGCGAUCACAGGCUCCGAACCGGGCAGCACGGUGGUCAACGGCGCGAGGUACAUUGAAGAGUCCUUUACGUACACCCGGGCGCACCUGUGGCGUAACUUCGGCUUUAUGUGGGCAUUCUUUGCCUUCUUCCUGGUUCUCACCAUGAUAGGCAUGGAGAGGAUGAAGCCUAACGCUGGAGGUGCUGCAGUGACCGUUUUCAAGAGGGGACAGGUGCCGAAACGCGUCGAGGACAAUAUUGCGACUGGUGCGCGGGACGGCAAGAAAGGUGACGAAGAAUCUGGGUCCUCUACGUCUCCACCAGAAAAGAAGGAGCAGGACGAAAGGAACGAAGAAGCGAUGCAGAAGAUCGCACGCAACGAAGCAGUGUUCACUUUUCAGAACGUGAACUACAAAAUCCCGUAUGAGGGCGGCCAGAGGACGCUGCUUGACAACGUACAGGGCUAUGUCCAGCCUGGCAAGCUCACGGCACUUAUGGGAGCCUCGGGUGCUGGCAAGACUACACUGCUGAACAUCCUUGCUCAGAGAACAACCUUUGGUACCAUCACUGGUGACUUUCUCCUCGAUGGACGUCCUCUUCCCAAGAGUUUCCAGCGCGCGACCGGCUUCGCAGAGCAGAUGGACAUUCACGAGCCCACGGCCACCGUCCGCGAGGCACUACGCUUCUCUGCCCUGCUCCGCCAGCCCAAGGAGACUCCCAUCCAGGAAAAGUACGACUACUGCGAGACGGUCAUCGACCUUCUCGAGAUGCGCGACAUUGCUGGCGCAGUGGUUGGCGCUGCCGGCGAAGGGCUGAAUCAAGAGCAGCGUAAGCGGCUGACAAUUGGUGUCGAGCUAGCGUCCAAGCCAGAACUGCUCAUGUUCCUCGACGAGCCAACCUCGGGUCUUGACUCGGGCGCGGCCGCCAACAUUGUGCGGUUCCUGCAGAAGCUCGCGCAGGCAGGACAGGCGGUGCUGUGCACUAUCCACCAGCCGUCUGCGGUGCUGUUUCAGCACUUUGACGAGCUGAUCCUGCUCAAGAACGGUGGGCGCGUCGUGUACGCGGGCGAGCUGGGCAAGGACAGCCAGACACUGAUCAAGUACUUUGAGAAUAACCACGACAAGGAGUCCCUCCGCAGUAACGCCAAGCACGAGAAGGUCAAGUGCCCGCCGGACGCGAACCCGGCCGAGUGGAUGCUGGACGUGAUUGGAGCCGGCAACCCCGACUAUGAUGGACAGGAUUGGGGCACCACAUGGACCAACUCGGAGAACUACCGGAAGCAGAGCGAGAAGAUCCAGCAACUGCUCGAGGAGCGCAAGAACGCCCCUCAGCCAGCAAUUGUCAAGGAUGACCGCGAGUACGCGAUGCCGCUGUGGACGCAGACAAAGGCCGUUGUCCGUCGCCAGUUUGUCGCCUUCUGGCGGUCUCCCAAUUACAUCGCAGGAAAGCUGUUUCUCCAUGCUCUCACAGCUCUGUUCAACUGCUUCACUUUCUACCGGUUGGGUAAUUCGCAGAUUGAUUUCCAGUCAAGGCUGUUCACCAUAUUCCUCGUACUCACGACUGCACCACCACUUAUCCAGCAGCUGCAACCUGUGAUGCUCAAGAGUCGCAACAUCUUCGCUUCAAGAGAGAACAAGGCCAAGAUCUACUCGUGGUUCGCAUGGACCACGUCGAUAGUUCUGGCAGAGAUCCCCUACGCCAUCGUCGCAGGCGGAAUCUACUUCAACUGCUGGUGGUGGGGCAUCAACGGCGGGCAGAACCACGCCGCAGCCGACCCGUACCAGUCCGCGACCAUCUUCCUGCUGGUCAUCCUCUUUGAGCUGUACUAUAUCGGCUUCGGGCAAGCCAUCGCCUCGUUCAGUCCCAACGAGCUUCUGGCCUCGCUCUUCGUGCCCCUGUUCUUCCUCUUUGUGGUCAGCUUCUGCGGCGUCGUCGUCCCACCACAAGGCCUUCUAGAGUUCUGGCGCUCCUGGAUGUACUGGCUGACGCCCUUCCACUACCUCAUCGAGGCCUUCCUGGCUGUCACGACUCAUAACCAGCCGCUCCAGUGCUCGGCCGACGAGUUUGCGCGGUUCGCGGCUCCCCCCGGUCAGACCUGCGAGUCGUACGUCGGCCCGUUCAUUCAGAGCAUGGGCGGACAGGGAUAUUUCCAGGUCGACAGUGACGGGCUGUGCGCAUACUGCGCCUACUCGUCGGGCGAUCAGUGGAGUGCCUCACAGUUCAGCGUGUACUACAGCAACGUGUGGCGGGACGUGGGAAUCAUUUGUGGCUUCAUCGUGUUCAACUACUUUGUCGUCUACGUUUGUACCUAUUUGCGAUUCAGAGGAAAGAAUCCUCUGAAAGGACUUCUGGCAAACAGGAAGUAG